CGUCUGUCUUGCUGGGACACAGUGGUGGUCUAACCUCUGGUUUGCGGAGCGGUCGGGUGUAUUCUGCGCUCGCCCCCACGCCCUCGAGGCCCCCGCCGCCCAACCCAACAGCGGAGCCAGCCAGUGGCUCCCGCGGCGCCCUCCCGCACCGGAUCGCUCCUCGCUGGGGCGGGACCUGGCCCGACAGCUCGGGUCACUAUGAGUGAAACAUCUUUCAAUCUAAUAUCAGAAAAAUGUGACAUUCUCUCAAUUCUCCGGGAUCAUCCUGAAAACAGGAUUUACCAGAGGAAAAUCCAGGAACUCAGCAAAAGGUUCACUGCCAUCCGCAAGACCAAGGGGGACGGGAACUGCUUCUACCGGGCCCUGGGCUACGCCUACCUGGAGUCGCUGCUGGGGAAGAGCAGAGAGAUCCUCAGGUUCAAAGAGUGUGUACUGCAGACCCCAAAUGACCUUCUGGCUGCUGGCUUUGAGGAGCACAAGUUCCGAAACUUCUUUAACGCUUUUUACAGUGUGGUGGAGCUGGUGGAGAAGGACGGCUCGGUGUCCAGCCUGCUGAAGGUGUUCAACGACCAGAGCUCCUCGGACCGAAUCGUGCAGUUCUUGCGUCUGCUCGCCUCGGCCUUCAUCAGGAACCGUGCAGACUUCUUCCGCCACUUCAUCGACGAGGAGAUGGACCUCAAAGACUUCUGCGCUCACGAAGUGGAGCCCAUGGCCAUGGAGUGCGACCACAUCCAGAUCACAGCCCUGUCGCAGGCACUGAACAUCGCCCUGCAGGUGGAGUACGUGGACGAGAUGGACACGGCCCUGAACCACCACGUGUUCCCCGAGGCGGCCAUCCCUUCCGUUUACCUGCUCUAUAAAACAUCCCACUACAACAUCCUUUAUGCAGCCGAUAAACGUUGAUUAAUUUUAGGCCAUGCAGUGGAGCCUGUCACCUAACGAGACUGCAUCCUGAACGGACCAUUCCGGCUUUUCAAUUUUUUAAGCGAUUUAGACUGUAGUUAAAAAAAUGUACAGCCUUUUGGGCAAAGUCACUGGAAAUGAGGCCUACCCAUUAUGGACUGUGGUAACUUGGCGAUAUUUUUAGUAUUUAUUUUCAUGGAGGAUCAAAUGCUUUCUAACUCGGGACUAGGUAGUCAGGACCCCUGGCUCUGCUCCCCGUUCCCUGUGACCUUGGGUAGGUCACCUCUCCUCUCUGGGCCUGUUUCUUCAUCUGGAGGAGGUUCCUGCCAGUGUUGACACUCUAUUGUAUAACAGUGAGGUCCUCUGGUUUCUUUUCACAGGGGCAGUGCCUCUGUAGGGGAGGAAAAGCUCAAGGUCAACUGUCUUGGACUGAGCAGCGCUAUAAAACAGAAUCAAGUCCAGGCAGCUGUUGGACUGGACUCUGGGGGAUGCAGACUGAAGCGUGGGCCAGUUGAGACCCACUUGAAUGUGAGGGCUUCAGUGUGGUUCCAAAGAUUCACGAUGGGAGUGUUUUCUUACCCUUAACUUGAGGA